AUGGGGGUUGGAGGCUACAGCUACACCUGGCCCCAGGUGAGCUCAGUCACAAACGGGGGAUUUUCCGUGGAGGUGAGAAUUCCCACAUCCCUCAAGGAAUGUUUUCCUGCCCUGGGCAUCCCCACAGCUCCCAAACUGAUCCCAAAGCACAGCAACUUUUUUAGGGUUUUUUUUGGGGGGGGGUUUUGGGGUUUUUUUUAUGAUGUCUCCAAGCCUGCAGGGAAUAACUGGAAUAACUCUGGGAGCUCAGCAGCUCCUGGCUCGUGUCACAACCUCACCCUAAACCCUCUUCCUGACCCCAGCCACACCCUGGGCAUCCCCAGCCCCACUCAGGGCACCCCCAGCCCCACUCAGGGCACCUCCAGACCCAUCCUGGGCACCCCCAGUCACAUCCUGGGCACCCCCAGAUUCAUCCUGGGCACCCCCAACCACAUCCUGGGCACCCCCAGCCACAUCCAGGCACCCCCCGGGCACCCCCAGAUUCAUCCUGGGCACCCCCAGCCCCAUCUUGGGCACCCCCAACCCCACCCAGGGCACCCCAGCCCCAUCUUGGGCACCUCCAGCCCCAUCCUGGGCACCCCCAGCCACACCCUGGGCAUCCCCAGGGCACCUCCAGCCCCAUCCUGGGCACCCCCAGACCCAUCCAGGCACUCCCAGAGCACCCCCAGCCCCAUCCUGGGCACCCCCAGCCACACCUGGGGCACCCCCAGCCCCAUCCAGGGGUGCAGGGCCAGGGAUGGACAGACGGACAGACGGACAGGGAACAUCUCACCUGGAGAUGCUGACCCCUCCCUGACCCCUCCCUGGGUCUCUCCUGAGAUUCCACCCUUGGAAUUUCAGUGUGCCCCCCCCCCCCCCAGUCUGGUGAUUUUCCACUCCCAUUCCUCCCACAGUGACAUCACAGGUGAAUUAAUUCAGGUUUUUUUUUUCCUUCCUGGGGAUUCCUCCAUCCCCAAACCCCCCUGGGAGGAAAUCUCCUCUCCCCCAAGUUUAGCAGCUACAAAACACCCAGGACACAAAAAAAAAAACCCAAAAACCCCAAAGGAAUAAAUCCUAUGGGGAUAAGAAGCUCAACUAAUCACAAAAAAAAAAGAAAAAAACAAAAAAAAUGUGUCAAAGCGCAGAGAUUUCAACAAAAUAUUAAAUAAAAUAAAUUACUAAUCAGGAAAUCUGACAAACCAGAGUUGAUGGGAAUGACAAUAUUUCACUUGAAGGCAAAUUCCUGUGAGCAGGGAGGGCUGGGUGGAGAGCAGGGCAGGAAUUUCCUUGGCUCUAUCCAGACCCCUCCUGCUCCUGGGGGGUGCAGAGCAGGAGGUUCCCCCUCACCUGCACAGGUCCUGUCCCACCCAGGGGUGGCUUUGUCCCCAAACUUGUCCCAGGGCAGCUCUCACUGAGAGUUACUGGAGCAGAGCCAGGGAAAUUCCAAACCAUGGGGGGUUUAAAACUUUCCAAAUUCUGCUCAAAAAUACAUUUUUGUCUGGGAAAGCAUCUCAGGUUUCUUCACCCAAGCAGCCUCAGCUCCCAGCUUUUCCUGGUCCUGCUCUAAAUCUCCAAAUUCUGGGUUUUUUUUGUUACAACCUCAAAAUUUGGCAGUGAAUCUCCCCCAGGAGGAG